AACUGGCUUGCAGUAAAGUGUAGCGUUGAUGUUGAAUGUAGAGCUGCCUGCCUUACUGUCUGUUUAGUUUAUUAGCAUUUAAGGCUACUUUUGACAAAGACAACAGCGUAAUGAUGUCAAACCCCUCUGUGCUCGUCCUGUAUGGGAGUCAAACUGGUACAGCCCAGGAUACAGCCCAGAGGAUUGCACGGCAGGCGCAGAGAAGGCAGCUGCAGGUUCAAGUGUUACCUUUGGAUAACUACAACGUGGCAAACUUGAUCUCAGAGUCUCUGGUUGUUUUUGUUUGCGCCACCGCUGGCCAGGGAGACCCUCCAGACAAUAUGAAGAACUUCUGGAAGUUUGUCUUUAGGAAGUCUUUGCCUGUUGGCUCUCUGAGUCGCUUGGACUGUGCCAUACUGGGCCUGGGGGACUCCUCGUAUCCUAAGUUCAAUUUUGUGGCUAAGAAGCUUCAUAAGCGCCUUCUGCAGCUGGGUGCCAGUGUGCUGUUGCCUGUUGGGCUGGCAGAUGACCAACAUGACCUGGGGUCGGACGCUGUGAUUGACCCGUGGCUUACAUCGUUUUGGGAGAAAGUGUUUGCUCUGUACCCAUCUAUGGCCAAUGUGAUUCCACUGAGGGAAGAUGAACCGCUCCCUCCAACAUACACUUUCCAUUUCCUGGAUGGUGUAAAAGAGAAGACAGAUGACAGGCUGAGGAUUCCCAUGGAGCAAACAGUCCCCUCCCAGUCCCACCCCUUCCCUGCCAGACUAGUUUCCAGUCAGAGAGUAACGGACAUGUCACACUUUCAGGAUGUGAGGCACAAAGAGUUUGACAUCAGUGGAUCCAACAUUGAGUUUGCUGCUGGUGACGUGGUGAUGAUGCAUCCAUGUAACACACCUGAGGACGUACAGCAAUUCUGUCAACUGCUGAGAUUAGAUCCAGAGGCCAGCCUCACUCUCAGGCCCACAGACAACACUGCAGUGCCAGCCAGGCUUCCUCAGCCCUGCACUGUGCGCCACCUGGUAGAAAGCUACCUGGACAUAGCCGCUGUGCCUCGACGCUCCUUCUUUGAACUGCUGUCUUCCUUUGCCACCAACGAUGUGGAGCAGGAGAAGCUGCUCGAGUUCAGCUCAGCGGCAGGCCAGGACGAGCUGCACAGCUACUGCAACAGGCCGCGCCGCACUGCGCUGGAGGUUUUGGCAGAUUUCCCCCAUACUACAGCCGAACUCAAUGCAGACUAUCUGCUAGAUCUAUUCCCUGAAAUCCAGCCUCGCUCAUUCUCCAUUGCCUCCUCUCUCCAGGCUCACCCACACAGGCUUCAGAUCCUGGUAGCUGUGGUUCGUUACAAAACCAAGCUGUACAAACCACGAAGAGGCCUCUGCUCCACCUGGUUAGCAUCCCUGGACCCUGCACAAGGGGAGGUGUAUGUGCCUCUGUGGGUGAAGAAGGGAAGUCUGAAGUUCCCCAAAGAGAAGGACCCCCCUGUGAUAAUGGUUGGACCCGGAACAGGAGUAGCGCCCUUCAGGUCGGCUUUACAAGAGAGGAUUGCUGAGGGAAAAAACAACAACGUCCUGUUCUUUGGCUGUCGCUCUGAAUCCAAAGACUUCUACUUCAGGUCAGAGUGGGAGGAGAUAAUGAAGACUGGAUAUCUGACCCUCUUCACUGCCUUCUCACGAGACCAGGAGGAAAAGGUGUAUGUGCAGGACCGUGUGAGGGAGAACGCUGAGCUCCUAUGGGACCUGAUUGCCAAUAGACGUGCCUGCUUUUACAUCGCUGGUAAUGCUAAAGAGAUGCCAACAAGUGUGUGUGAUGCUCUGAAAGAAGUGUUCCAGAAGGAGGGGAGCAUGUCCGCCAAGGACGCUGAGCAGAUGCUGGCAACCAUGGAGAGGACAGGCCGAUUCCAGAGUGAGACCUGGUCCUGAUCACAUGACCUACAAAUCUAAGUUAAUUCAUCCAUCAGUAAACAUCAGCAUAUUCUAGUAUGAAAGUUGAACAUGUGUGAAAAAAUUAUCUAAACUCAAUGGUCCACUUACUAGCUUUUUGGAGCUUUCAACCAUAUCUCAUCGUCUUUAUUCAGACUUGCUCAAGUGUCAUCACAUGACCUAAAUUCCAUUCUUGGGUCAACAGGUUGUAUUGAAGUGCUCCAGUUAAAAUCACAAGUGCAAAGACUGCGUU